AUGUCGACAACAUUGGAUGAUCAUCAAUCAAAUAAUCAUUUAACUGGUUUUGAUAUAACAGCAUUAGUUAUUUAUUUUAUUUUAUUAGUUGGCACUGGAUUUUAUUCGAUGUUUAAAUAUAACCGUUCAACAGUUAAAGGAUAUUUUUUAGCUAAUAGACAAAUGCCAUGGUUUUGCAUAGGUGCAAGUUUAUUUGCAUCGAAUAUUGGUGCAGAACAUUUUAUUGGCUUAGCAAGUUCUGGUGCUGCUAAAGGUACAAAAAACCUUGAAAAUAAAAUGAAUUCUCCACAUAUAUAUUUGCAUGUUUUAGGUAUAAGUGUUGGAGCAUUUGAACUGAAUUCUAUUGCAGUUAUUCAAUUACUUGGUUGGGUAUUUUUACCAGUUUUUAUAGCUACUGGUGUUUCAACAUUACCAGAAUAUAUGAGUCGAAGAUUUGGUGGACAACGUAUACGUGUUUAUAUAGCUUGUCUUUAUCUUCUUCUAUAUAUAUUAACAAAAAUAAGUGUUAAUAUCUAUGCAGCAUCAUUAUUUAUUAAUUAUGCUUUUCAUUGGGAUAUAUAUUUAAGUGUUCUAUUUGUUCUUAUGUUAACUGCUUUAUGUACUGUAUCAGGUGGCUUAGCAAGUGUUAUGUAUACAGAUACAGUACAAGCUAUUAUAAUGAUAUUCGGAGGAUUUGUUGUAAUGUUUUUAUCAUAUAAAGAAAUAGGUGGCCUAUCAAAUCUUUAUCGACGAUAUUUGAAUGCAAUGCCAUCGGUAAUAAAUGAUGAAUCAUAUGGAAAUAUGACAAAUAUAUGGUUAAAUCAAACGAAUUUAACAUCAACAUGUGGUAAACCAACGAUGAAAUCAUUUCAAAUAUUAAGAUCCAUAUCUGAUCCGGAUAUGCCUUGGCUAGGAUUUUUUCUUGGACAUACACCGAAUACAAUUUGGUAA